AUGGCUGCGCCCAGGCAGGAGCUGUGCUGGGGAGUUGUCACUUGUUGGGUUCUGUGGUUGGGGUUGGCGGCGUGUUUGCAGGACGGCGAUGGAGCUGGGAAGACCGGAGAAGGGGAUCGAGGAGCUUGUGGCUGCAAGAGCAACCGGGUCAGUGGCGGGGAGGCAGCGGCACAGAAAUACUCCCUGGAGGCUAGUGCUUCCCAGCAGCUAAAGCAGGAGCCGGGGGCUGUGCCCCCGAAAAAUGAGGGCAGCAAGUUGCAGAUGGUCUUGAUUCCAGCUGGAGUAUUUACAAUGGGAACUGAUGAGCCAGCAAUACAACAAGAUGGAGAAUCGCCUGCCAGAAGAGUUCAUGUUGACAGUUUCUACAUGGAUCUCUAUGAAGUCAGUAAUGCUGAGUUUGAGAAGUUUGUGAAUGCUACUGGCUAUCUCACAGAGGCUGAAAAAUUUGGCGAUUCCUUUGUGUUUGAAGGCAUGUUGAGUGAACAAGUGAAGAGUGGAAUUCAGCAGGCAGUUGCAGCUGCUCCCUGGUGGAUGCCUGUUAAAGGAGCUAAUUGGAGGCACCCCGAGGGUCCUGAUUCUGAUACCUCAAACCGAAUAGAUCAUCCAGUUCUUCAUGUUUCUUGGAAUGAUGCUGUAGCAUUUUGUACUUGGGCAGGAAAACGGCUACCAACAGAAGCUGAAUGGGAAUACAGCUGUCGCGGGGGCCUUGAGAACAGACUCUUCCCUUGGGGGAACAAGCUUCAUCCAAGAGGUCAGCACUAUGCUAAUAUCUGGCAGGGAGAAUUCCCUAUGAGCAAUACGGAGGAGGAUGGAUACAAAGGAACUGCACCUGUGACUGCAUUUCCUCCAAAUGGUUAUGGCUUGUACAACAUGGUGGGAAAUUCUUGGGAAUGGACAUCGGAUUGGUGGGCUGUUAAUCAUUCUGCGGAGGAAACAUACAACCCAAAAGGACCCCCAACAGGGACUGACAGAGUGAAGAAAGGUGGAUCUUACAUGUGCCACAAGUCCUAUUGCUAUAGGUAUCGAUGUGCAGCUCGAAGCCAAAACACUCCUGACAGCUCAGCUUCCAACCUGGGGUUCCGCUGUGCUGCCGACACUCUGCCUGACUAUUGAAAGGAAUAAAGCUGGCAGCGACAGAGGAAUGAAGAAUGUCACCAAAGGGUGCGCUGGGGAGAGGAUGCAGCUUACAUCGUGAACAUGCCUUAUACUGGAAACUUUUUUUAAAAAGAGAGGACAGUGAUUCUGAAAAAAAAUCAGCUGCCAACUUUCUUCUGUAACAUCUUUCUGAAGAAAAUGGGCCGGAUUUCUUCUUUGUGCAUAAGGAAAUCAAACUUUACUACCCUGGAUAUUUAAUUACUUUACACUGAAAUCAGUGCACAAACUCAACAAAAUGAUGACCUUUAAACAAAAAAAUAAGGAAGGCGAGAGAGGGGGUCCUACAGAAAUCAUACAAGUUUGAGGUGAUUUUAUAGGAGCUAUUAGUAAGUAACAUCAGAGUAUGAUUCUUUUUUAAUUAAACAUGUGGAAAAUCAUAAGUGACAAAAAAAGAGACAAUCAUGGUCCUUGCAAAGCAAAUGAGCCACAUUUAAUGGCUCGAUUUCUGUGGCCUUAAGUGUAAUGAACUCUUUCUGGUCUGGAACCUGCACUUUAAAAUAUAUUUUUUAACUCGGUCUCUGUAAAUAUCUGUGAAUAUUUAUUUAUGUGUUUUGGUUUGGAUUUAUGUGUGAAGUGUGGUCAAAUUGCUUCAGACUUAUAGCAACCCUAUGAAUCAAUGCCCUCCAACA